AUGAAAAGUCAAGAAGUGAUAUACCGCGAGUGUUUGCAUUGCCAAAAAUCUCUAGGUGCAGUGACCACAACCAUCUUCACGAAAAUUCUCCAUCAGAUGCAUUUGAACCGAGACGUUCGUGUCUUUAUCAAAAAACCGUUAGAUUUUGCGCUUAAUGAGGAAUACGACUCAUGA